UUCUUCUUCAUUGCAAACCAUGUUCUUCUAUAUGACAUUGGACAAGGAGAUUGUGCUCCAUCCCAAGUACUUUGGCCCACGGCUCCGACAAGCACUCAUGGAGAAGCUGUACACGGAGGUCGAAGGCACUUGCGACGGUGAGCGCGGUUUCAUUGUCGCCAUCACCAGCUUGAGCGAGGAGCACCUCGGUCGCGGUCGACUGAUGGCAGGCAAAGGCCUCGUCAGCUAUCACGUCCAGUAUCAAGCGGUCGUCUUCCGGCCCGUUAAGGGUGAAGUUAUGGACGCAAUCGUCACAGUUGUCAAUAAGAUGGGCUUUUUCGCCGAGGCAGGCCCAAUUUCCAUUUUCGUAUCACAAGUGGGCGGCAUGCCAUCAGAAUAUUCGUUCGAUGUUACCUCCAACCCACCAUGUUUCAAGUCCGCAGAUAUGACUAUUGGUGCUAUUACAGUAGGGUCGCAAGUACGACUGAGAAUUGCAGGCAUGCGCAUUGAUGCAGAAAGCAUUACGACUGUUGGUACAAUCAAGGACGACUACCUUGGCUUUAUUGCAUGAGGAUUCAGACCGAACCAAGAAUGCAACUCUCUCGUUUCAGGAACAUGAGGGGUUUCUUGGUUGCUUGCCCUUUUGAAGAACAACAUUGAAUUAACAAACCAAAAAUACACGAUGAUAGAAUGGAG